AUGAAUAACAGCAAGUACAAACAAUUUAAUGAUAAUAAUAAAAUAACAGAAGGUAGUUCAAAAUCUUAUUUGCUUCUUAGUAUAUUAUUUGCAAUUACUAUGUCAACAGGUUCAAUUUUAGUUUUAGUGAUAUUUUUUACAAAUAAUUCAAUUAUUAUUCCUCUCACAGAAAAAGUACCAAAUGGAACGUUUUGGAAACAAAAAUAUUAUUCACCUCAUGCAUAUCCAUUAUAUUGUGAUACACUCACCUGUCCAAUUCUUUCUUUGUUUUAUCAUCAGUCACUUCCAAACAAUGCUGUUCUUAAUAAUGAUAUUUCAUUAGCAUUAAAUAAUUCAUUAAUUCAAUCAAUUUCAAGGUCAGUUCCACGGUUAUUUGAUGGUCUCUACACGUAUCAUUAUAAUGAAACAGAACAACAAGGAUUGUAUGUCACAAUAGAGUCAAUUAAAAGUGUGUAUAGUAUUAAUGAAGCAAAGGAUUUACUUAGAAUUUCACCAGUUCUUUUAACAUUAACAGAUGCAGUCAAUAAUGUUGAAAUUAAUGGAUAUGAUUUUAAAAUUCCAGUUGAGUCUGGAAGAACAUUUCAUGUAACUAAUGACAUAACAAAUAUUGGAAUUAAAACAUAUUGUGUUGUUGGUUGGGAUGAUACAUUUGCUGGUGGAGGAUUUAUUAUUCAUGGAGGUCUUCAUUCACUAACAUAUUAUACUGGAAAUGUUUCUAUUGAAGUUGAAACAUCUGUAUGUCCCAAUUCAAGAGGUUCUGUAGAUUGGUUAAAUGACAACCCUUCACAUGACUAUAAGAAAAAUGAAUUGUAUGUGAAUUAUAAUGCAACAAAAUUACGAUGUUAUGAUUCAAUAUUUUGUGAUAAAACAGGUUUUUAUACAAUUAAAGUAAGAAAUGCAAUAAAUUGGAGACAAUACCAAGUUUUAUUUAAUCAUUUUAGUGAAGAUAAUAUAUUUAUAGAAACAAUUGAAUUUAAUGAAUUAUCACAAUAUGAAUUAGAAUAUAUCAUGGUUACUGAUUCUUGCUUUAUUAAAAAUGAUUAUUGCACAUAUAGUUUUUUGACAUAUUCAUCAUUUAAAAAGUUAAAAGAUAUCUUUGUCUCUCAACCAGAUAAAACUCAUAAACAAUAUUCAGUAGCAUUUACUGCAUUUAACUAUACAGUGUGGAAAGAUAGAAGAAAAGUUGAUCUUACAAAAGAAGUAAAAUUCAUUCCAAAUAUAUUUGAUGGAAAUAGUCUGAUCUUUGCACCACAACCAAAUAAAUAA